UGAUUGCAGUCACUAUUCACACAAAAGAGUAUUGUCAAACUUAACACUUUUUUGAAUUUCAUAUAGAACGAGUCAAGAAGUUAACCAACAAUGAUUAGUUGUUGUAAUCAACAAUCAGUAAACGAUGAAUUUCACUGUAUUUGUUAAACUCUCUUUUUUCGUCUUUUUCUUUUUUUAGUUGCAGACAUGUUUUACAGAAUCCCAAAUAGUCACAAAAUAGAAAUUAUUAACUGGCUUUUUCAUCUUCAUCUAUUUGGCAAACGUCGUCAAAUGAAUCAAGCAUUUUUUGCAAUUAUUAUGAGUGAGAAAAUAUCUAGAGAAAAGCACAAAGAAGAUCAUUGUUGGUUAACUUCUUGACUCGUUCUAUAUGAAAUUCAAAAAAGUGUUAACAUUUUGACAAUACUCUUUUGUGUGAAUAGUGACUGCAAUCAAAAUUUCGGUUUAAAAACUAAUACUAAGAGAUAUUUAUCACUUACGUUAAUAACAAAAUACUGUCUGAUGUGUUGAAUAUUUUCAGACAAGCAAACAGUACCUUAAAAGAUGACACAUUCUUUUCCUUUUCCUUAAGACUAAUAACAAAAUGAGAAAAAUAAAAUUUAGGCAAAAGCCACGUAGAUUAUGUCGACGCCAGAAAAGAAGUCAAAAUAGAAUCAAAAGGAACCCGAUUCACCGAAAAAUUUUGCACCUAGCACCCAAUUUUUAUCUAAUCUGGUGCAGCGCGGCAAAAGUACCUAAUUUCUAACGUUGAUAAAACGUAGGUAAAAUCAAAAAUUUCUUUAAACAAUAACCACAAAUGCGGAUAAUUAUAUUUAUACUAAAGCAAAAUAAUUCGCCUUCGGUAUUCUAUGCUGAAUGACAUAAAAAUCCAUCUGUUCUUUAAAUCGUAAAUCAUCGAAUCAAUUACAUACUCAUUCCCUUAAGUUUCUUCAUAUCUUGAAUAAAUAUGUUUUUCACUUUACCUUAUACAAAGAGAGAGUUCCAGUUUUGAUUAUAAUUCCAUAUAGAGUUUAGAUGGCUCAUGUAAUGUAACUAAUCACAAUAAUGUAACUAUUGAAAUGACGAUCAGUCACAUUAUACUAUAUAUCCUAGCGUGCAUAUUCAUUAGUAUUAGCAUUAUUUUAUCAUUGAUUAUCAUUUUAGUUAUUUGCCAUCGACAACAACGGCAAAAUCAAUUAUCGUCAUCCUCUAAAUCUAAAUGGAUCUGCAUAUUACUAUCAUUAAAUUCAUGUUUAUGUAUUCUGUUUAAUUGUUCGGUAUUACUUUAUGUAGCUUUAUCUCGAUUAUUAGAUGAUAUAAAUAAUGCAUCAGGCGUCGGUAUUGGUGGUCAAAGUUGUGAAUUGAUUGCCUAUUUAUUCUAUGUAUCCGUUUGUCUUGUCUAUAGUUCAUAUUCGUUACAAGCGUUUUAUCGUUUAUGUUGUGUAGUCUUGUACAAAUAUAAAUAUUUAGUUCAAUGUUCAACAUUUUGCUUAAUUAUUCUAUUUCGUUGGUGUUUUUGUUGCCUCGUAUUUCUACCUGUUGUUUUGUUGAAACAAAAAAUAUUUCAUCAAAAUCAAAAAUAUUAUUGUAUAGCACGAACACCAUCGAUCUUUGUCUAUUUUGUCUUAACGAUGUAUGGUAUACCAUUGAUAUUAACCACAAUAUUUUAUUUAUGGAUUAUGUUUUAUAUUAAAAAUAAAAAAUGUGGCCGAUACCGGGAAAAUCAUCAACGUGAUUUAAUUAUAAUUAAACGUAUUAUGAUAACAAUUUUAAGUUUAUUUUGUGCAGAAAUACCCCGAAUUGCAUUGAAUGCGUAUUAUUAUGCAACAGGAUAUUUUCUUCCAAUAACAUCGUCGGUUUCAGCAUUAUUAGAAUCAAUAGCGUUUAUAUUUUUAAGCAUGAUGACACUGUAUUUCACAAUGCAAAUACAAACAAGGAUCUAUAUUAAAAAUAGAAUAAAUAAAAUCUUAAGCUGCCGUUUCGCUUGUUGUUGUUAA